AUGAAGCUACUUAGCUACACGUCAAAGGUAUUCUUCAAUAUCCUGAUCUCGAAAUUGCGUAAGAUAAAGAAGCUCUUCGUCGAAUUAAAACAAGGGACUUUGAAAAAGGUCUCAUCAGGAAGGACGUCAGACAACAUGAUCCGAGGAAAAAAGGCUCUCAUCAAUAUUGUGGGAACCCGAAUUCAAAAUAGAAAGCUCGGUGCAGCUACACACCUGCAAGCUUCGGUUGGGUUCUCUCUGGGCGGUCGAGCCCUAUCCUUUGCUCUAAGAGGGUUGGGCUGCUCAGCAGGGCUUGCCUUGACUGUAGACUUGACUUUACGAGCGCUACUCACAUACCAAAACCAUAUGAUGCCUCUCGGCGAGGGGACAUCAGGCUCUGAGUCUCCGGCAUCUCAGUCGGACUCCCCAUGCCUCCUCGGAAACGGAUUCGGACGGAUCUCCACCAUAAUCUGUCUCGUCCCCUGGGAGCGUCACCGCUGCGGAGACCGAUUGCGACAGGAUAACCAAUGUCGUCUACAAGAGAAUGCCAACCUCCUUAAACAAGCGGAGCCCGGGCUUCGACGGCAAGAGGCGAAGGUUAAGUCUGGAAGCAGGAAUGAUUCUGAAUCCAUAAAGGUAGUGAGUUACCUACUAGUCGGAGGGCAGGAAAAGCUAUUACACAAACAAGCCAGUUUUGCCAGGCUGAAGAGAACAGGCUGGGUUACCGUAAAGUAUAAGACAACUAACUAUGCUCUGGUUUUUUCCUUGCCAAGGCCUUUUGACACGGGAUCAGCCAGAUCUCAUCUGGACUCCACAUACUUACUGGAAAUUUUGUCAAGAUCCUUCUCACAUACAUCAGACACACUGGACCCUUUUGGCUUGGCUAUUUUGGGCCUUCUUCUAUUCGUACCUGCUUCCGUUUCUGCCCCCGCCAUUAAAGCUUUCUGGUCCAGGCCUCAGGCACAGACCUGA